AUGGACCAGCUACGAUUUGAAUUUGCAGUGUUGCCAGCGAGUGAUGGAAAGUCAAAUGUAUAUUGUGCAACCUCCAUAACGACAAGAGAUGAAAAAGUGUUUGCUAUUCCAGAAGAAUUACAGUCUGCUAGUCUUCAUAAAGAGUUGAUAAAGACAGCUGCGUACAAUAAAAUAAAAAAUAGUUUAAAAAAAAGACAUCAGACGAGAAAAAUUUGGAUUACUAUGACAAAUGAACUAAGUAACGUGUACAUAGAUGAAGAUGGUAAUCUACAAUUUGGAGAUCAAUAUCUCGAAGAAAUUGAACAAAAGCAAGCAUCUGGUAAUUUAGGAAAAAAUACAGAUUCAUUGGAAAAAUUAUUUACAAAAUUUAUUGAAAGCUCACAAGGUUUAAAAAAACAGAACCUGAAAUAUAUUGCAGAAAAGUUUAUAAUUGAAAGAUUUACAAGUAAAAAUACUAACCCAAGCCAGUGGAUUGAUGUUUUUGAAAAAGAAUGUUUACGUUUCGAUAUUACGGAAGAUGAGAAAAAAAUUGAGAUACUCAGACUAUUCAUGGACAAAAGUUGCGCUGAUUGGUAUAGUUCUAUGAUUAUAAAAUUAACACUAAACUCAGAGUGGUCUAUAUGGAAAAAUAAAUUCUGUGAAUCAUUUGCAAAUCAAGGCUGGAACCAAGUGACUUAUGCGUUGUUAUUUAAGUACAAGGAUGGUUCAUUGGUGGAUUAUGCUAUAAAAAAAGAAAAACUUUUACUGGACAUGAGAACAUCAAUAGAUACAGGUACUCUAGUGGAUCUAAUUGCAGCUGGAUUGCCAGGCUUUGUUCUAGAAAAGAUAAAUAGACAAUCAAUGGAAGAUACAGUAGACUUAUUCAUGAAGUAG